AGUUUGUGCGCGAGUUUGUCUCAUGUCCUGUGUGUGUGGAAACCACGAGAGCGAGAGUGCAGCAAUGGUUGGUUGGUAGAACGAGAGAACAUUCGCGCGAAUCCGCGGCCAUCGUCGUCGCCGCCGCCGCUCCGUUGAAGUGAAUUUGUGUUUUUAUAUAAAUUACAGUAAUUAUUCUAUUCUCAAUGAGCGCACCGCGCAAAGAGAAUCUCGAGCAUGGGGGAUGAGAUGGACUAGUGGCGGACGAAAAAGACGAACAAAACUAGGUGAAAAAUAUUUGCUUUCAGGAACGUUUUUCGCUCGGUGGCCACCCGGCGCGUACGGAGACACACGGACGGACCCACCGCGCCAGGUUGCCUCCACCACUCGGAUGGGCUGCAGACAGCCGGAGGGCCCUCAUAGUUUCACGCGGAUAGUCGCGGCUCAGUUUGUUCCGCGGUUUAACACGACCAACACAAAGUGUGCCCUCUCGGGGGUGGUCUGACUGGCAGUGCUGGUGUUUGAUUUGGUUGGAAUCCUUUUGGUGCGAAUAUCCGAUCCUUGCCUCGUGUGUAGGCAGUCUGGCUACAUGUCUGGCCAAGGCACGUGAAUGUAGGAGAAAAACUAUCGCCUCUUCGACGUGGACACGCCGCGGUGCGCUGUUGUGGUUGAUAGUGUUUUGGUCAAUCCGGAGCAAAUUAGUCUCAUGGCUAGGCACGACACGGGUUCGUUCGGUGGGUAAAUGGAAAACUAUCGCGGGCUUCGCGCCUUGUGUUUUGCCGUGGAUGUAGCAGGUUGUGUCAGUUAGUCGUUCGUUAUCAGUGCGGUUGUUCGCUCGUGGGUGUUUGACAGUGGGGUGAUUUUUCCGACACCGGUGUUCGGGAUUAGAACAGGAUUGCUGAGCGAGAUGGUGUGUUGAUCAGAAUCACGGGAUGUUGUUCGUGUACUUGUGGAUUAUGGGAAUGCCAGAUGGGAAGCUGGGGGUGGAAUUGGGUGUUGAUGUGGAGUAAACGUAGCUAGGUGCAGUGAAUACAUGGAUUGCAGAGAAGUGUUUUGUGGAAGCAACUUUGCAUAAAUUGAAACUAGGGUAAAAACAGGUGUGAACAAUUGGAAACAUUUGCGCUUGUGAGUUGUUGGAUCGAACAUUCCGUUAAACUGGUGCCCUCGAGAAUGCGGUCCAAAUCCGUCGCAAGGCGGUUUGCUCAAGGCAGCAGCGGUGACGAGUCGGACUCUUCGCGAGGAGUCCCAUCCAACCUAGAAGUGCCUCCGGGACUGCAGGUGAUCCCCCUAAACCACCUGGUCAUCCACAACGGUAACGGUACCGGCAGUGGAACGGCAGAUGAGCUAGCACAGAACGAGCGGUUGAAACAACUACAAAGCGCGGAACAGUUCCUGCUGCAGAUGGCCCGACUGCAGCGACCACCGCCACCGGAUCUGGACAUCCGAAGUGGUUCGGUAGUCGCAUGCAAGCUCAUAUCCAAGGGAACACAGUACGGGCCCUUCCUGGGGAAGUUUUUUCGGGACUCGUUGAACCGACGGGAGUUUAUGGAUAUGAAUCUACGCGGUUGGUUGGAUGCCACCCUCGAGUCGGCCAACUGGUCCCGGAACAUCCGAAGCACCGGCAGCCUGGGGGACGUGAAUGUGCAACAGUAUUUCAAAGACGGUUAUCAAUGGUUCGAAGUGAUAUGUGAUAUUAGUCCUGGACAGGAGCUACUGCUGAGGCCCGCACGGGUUCCACUGGCGCCCUCCUCGCACCAUCAUCAUCCGAGGGACCAAGGAGCCGACGACAGUCGAGGUUCUGGUUCCCAGCACAGUGAAUUGUUCGAAGACGAGUACAACACCUCCAACGAGUACGACUCUAGUCUGCACUUGAACCAUAAGGAUCAUUUGCAUCACAACAACAACAAUAGUAUCAACAACAACAGCAGUAGCAGUAUCCACCCGCACAACGUCGAUCAGAACAGUAGCAGCAAUAGUAACAUCAGUGCUGGUGGUGGUUCCGGAGCCGGAGGUGGUGGACCAGAAGGUUCCGACCGGCACCACGCCAACGGUGACGGCGAGGAGGCCGAGGACGGUGAAAACGACGACGACGAGGAGGGCAUCGAUACCCGGUGCGUCGUCUGCGAUCGGCAGUGCCACGAUAUCGAUCAACUUGACGAUCAUCUGGUGAUUUCGCACCACUACCCGAAGGACGCCUACCGGUGCGAGCUCUGCCCGAGGGCGUACUGCUAUCGACCGUCGCUGCUGCGGCACCGGGCCAUCGUCCACGGUGAGAUCCGGCGUUAUCCGUGCGAAAACUGUCCCAAGUUUUUCACCGAUCCGUCGAACCUCCAGCGGCACAUCCGCACCCACCACGUCGGUGCCCGCAGUCACGCCUGCCCCGAGUGCGGUAAAACCUUUGCGACCUCGUCGGGUCUCAAGCAGCACACCCACAUCCACUCGUCAGUCAAGCCCUUCCAGUGCGAGGUGUGCCUCAAAGCGUACACCCAGUUCUCGAACCUGUGCCGGCACAAACGCAUGCAUGCCGACUGUCGCAUGCAAAUCAAGUGCAACAAGUGCGGACAAAGCUUCAGCACCGUAACGUCGCUCUCCAAGCACAAGCGAUUCUGUGAUUCGACCUCCGUCGGUGGAGGUCCCUUGCAUCCCUCGACGGCAGCAGCAGCAGCGGCCGCAGCCGCCGCCGCAGCCCAUCAACAACAAACCGCUGGAGUACCCAACCUGCCGCACAACAUGGCCACCCCACCCAAUCCGUUCUUCAUGUUCCACGGAAGUCCCUUCUUCCCGCCAGGAUUCCGUCCGUAUCCCGGAAUGUCCGGCAUCUUCCCUCCAAACCCCGCCCAAGCCCCACAAUUCCCCCUUCCAUUCUUCCCCAAACCCCCAGCAGCCCCAGUUGAGCUAGAACGCAAGACUCCAUCCCCUCGGCACGUCAACCUGAUGGAACAAUACGGCCAACAAACGAUGAAGAUCUCCCCUCCAACAGCCGAAGAAGCCACCAACCAUCUAAGACCAUCACCCGCACGACCCAUCCCGGUCAACUUCAACUUGAUCCCUUCGAUGACUUCAACCCCUGUUGCUCCGUCGGCGACGACCACAGCCACCAAUACGGCAGUUGCAUCCCAGUUGACCAACAACAAUCACAUCAAAGCGGAACCUCUGCUGAACCGCAGUCGGGAGAACGGCUCACUAAACAGCAGUAUGACAUCGCGGGGCAUUUCGUCGUUGGAAGUGCACAGCUCCGAGGAUGACGAACUACCUUCGGGAGGAUCGAUUCGCAUCAAGAACUUCUCCAUGUGCUCUACGGCAUCGUCAACCGGAUCGUUGGACAUCAAGGAGGAACGGCAGAGUCCGGUAUCGUUGCUGGGCAAACGAAGGAAGCCUUCGAUCGAUGUGGUGAAGGAGGAUGAUGACGAUGAGGAUGAGGAAGAAGAAGAUGGCGACGAGUGCGUUAAAAAGGAGGAGCAAGAGGAGGUGCCCGCUAAGAUUCCAAAACUCGAAACUGCUUCCGAGCAGCCCUUGGACCUCAGCGUGACCAAAAAGAAGAACGGUGCUCGCAGUCCAACACCGAUCGAAGUCACAACGCCAACACCAACCCCUCCUCCAACAUCGGAAGUGGCACCGAUCCCGAUCCCCUCGCCCAAACCAAUCGCGUCGCCACAAAUGACCGUUCCGACGAGCCCAUCUCCGACGCCAUCGCCACGCCCCACCCCCUCACCAUCGUCGCCAAGUGCUCAGCAAAUCUCCUAUCCGCGCCCGAUUUAUCCGAUGCUGCUGGAGGCCAUGUACCGUCCCGGAAUACCGAACUUCCAGCGGCCACCGUUCAAUUUUUUAGGCUCCCUUGGCCCCAAUUUCGACAUGCUCAAACGAAACGCCUCGGCUGCUGGCGCGUUUCCGCCAAAGCCCUUCCACGAGGCCAUCAUGGCCGCCGGUGGCCUAACCGGAGGUGGCAAGGUCAAGGACCGCUACUCGUGCAAAUUUUGCGGCAAGAUCUUUCCCCGCUCGGCUAAUCUGACGCGCCACCUUCGAACCCACACCGGUGAGCAGCCCUACAAAUGUCGGUACUGUGAACGGUCAUUUAGUAUCUCUAGUAAUUUGCAGCGUCAUGUGCGUAACAUUCACAACAAAGAGCGGCCGUUCAAGUGUCACCUUUGCGAGCGCUGCUUCGGCCAGCAGACGAAUCUCGAUCGGCACCUGAAGAAGCACGACGCGGACGCUACCGGACUUGGACUGGGCCUCGGAGAUUCCCCUUCUUCAAACGAGGCCGAACGGGAGGAUACCUACUUCGACGAAAUCCGGUCCUUCAUGGGUAAGGUGACCUACUCGGGAGCCCCAAUGACCGGACCUCACCUACACGGCUCCGGUGGUCACAUCUACACACCCAUCGAUGUGACCACGGUUGACCCGGACCUGGAGGACGGCUCCAGUGAUGUCGAAAGUGACAUGAUCAACAUCGACUCCGACAAAGAUCCGAUGAACAACAACGACACGAUAGAGGUUUCCACCUAGAGGCGGAACCCCAUGAUUCACGUGUAAAUACGAGCUGUUGAUUGGACCAAAGUAGCAUGCGAUUCUCGGCGGUCCUGGACGCAAUCCCGCGCAAAUUUUGUACAUACACUUGAGGACCGCAUCAACCAAAAAAACUAUGUGUAAAAACACACACUUGAAACUUUGACGUUGACCUUUCGGAUAUCCCGAAUCCUCGACACCUUUAGUGUGAACUGUUUCACCUUAUGCUCACUAUUAGCAAAUUAAUUUCUGGUUUAGCCUGCUACACAUGCCUAACCUCCCAUGCUGACCAGGCUCACUAACUAAUUAGUAUUAUGAUGAUCAUUGACCCAAUCAAUUCAAGUACAUAUUACUCUACUUACUUUUAAGAUAUCGCUCUUAAGAUUAUAGGAAGAACCACCCUAGUGUACAGCCCCCUAUAUUCCCUUUCGACUUUUGCACUCUCAUACACAUCUUAAUCGUAGUUCAAAUAUUUCUUUUUGGUGAUAUUGAUAUUGUUUUAUUUUAUGUAAAAAAUCAUAUUAUAG